AUGGCUGUAAUACGCAUCGCAUUGCCGUUGGUAGUUGUAAUGUGCUGCGUUUUGCUGCAAUCUACCAGCGCAUUGAUUCAUGUUGUUGGAGGAACUGCAGGUUGGGGAGUUCCCCCUAACGCCACCUUCUAUACGGAUUGGGCUAAGCCUAGAACUUUUGGUGCUGGUGACAAAUUAGUGUUUCCAUACAGGGUAGGAGCACACAACGUUCUACAAGUAAAUAAACCAGACUUUGACAAAUGUGGUCAUGACAAUGUGGUAAACAUGUUCUACAAGGGUCCAACAGUUUUUCAGCUCAAUGCCACCGGUGACUACUACUUCUAUAGUGGCAUUGGUACCCAUUGCGAGCUCGGUCAGAAGCUCCACGUCCAUGUUGUCCCCGGCCGCGGUUACUCCGGCCGCGGGACACGCUUCCUCGAGGUUGUUGUCCAUGCUCUUGCACCUUCUGCUCCUCACAACUCUGCCCCUACUACUACUACUACUGCCCUACCAUUCUUGGGCUUGUUCUCUUGUUUCUUGUUGGUUGUGCUACUUAUAUGA